GUGUUGUUUAGCGGAGGGGGGAGGCGCCGGAGAGCCCGAGUGGAAGUGGUGGAUCUGCUCUAUCAGCCGGAGUUUAACCGCUUUCUCACGAAAACAGCCCAGAAUGGCGUCCGGAGAGACACUGUACAUAGAGACGGACGGCUCGGAGAUGCCGGCGGAGAUCGUGGAGCUGCACGAGAUCGAGGUGGAGACCAUCGAGACCACGGUGGUCGGCGGGGAGGACGACGAGCACCAGCCGAUGAUCGCGCUGCAGCCGCUGGUCUCGGAUGACCCGAACCAUCUCCACCAUCAGGAGGUGAUCCUGGUGCAGACCCGCGAGGAGGUGGUGGGCUGCGACGACUCGGACCUGCACGCCGGCGACGGGUUCGAGGACCAGAUCCUCAUCCCGGUGCCGGUACCGGCCGCGGAGGAGGAGUACAUCGAGCAGGCGCUGGUGGCCGUGUCCGGCGGAGGGAAGAGCUCGGGGCGGCUGAAGAAGGGAGGCGGGAGCGGGAAGAAAGUGGUUAAAAAGAGCUUUCUGGGCGCCGCGGAGGCCGCCGGGAGGAAAUGGGAGCAGAAGCAGGUGCAGAUUAAGACUCUGGAGGGGGAGUUCUCGGUGACUAUGUGGGCUUCGGAUGAUAAAAAGGACAUUGAUCAUGAGACGGUGGUGGAGGAGCAGAUCAUCGGGGAAAACUCCCCUCCAGAUUACUCUGAAUACAUGACGGGCAAGAAGCUCCCACCCGGAGGAAUCCCCGGCAUCGACCUGUCCGAUCCCAAACAGCUGGCAGAGUUCGCCAGGAUGAAACCACGGAAAAUGAAGGAAGACGACUCCCCAAGAACGAUAGCGUGCCCUCACAAAGGUUGUACGAAAAUGUUCAGAGACAACUCUGCUAUGAGGAAGCACUUGCACACUCACGGCCCACGUGUUCACGUGUGCGCUGAAUGUGGGAAAGCAUUUGUGGAAAGUUCCAAACUCAAAAGACACCAGUUGGUUCAUACUGGUGAAAAGCCUUUCCAGUGCACGUUCGAGGGCUGCGGGAAGCGCUUCUCACUGGACUUCAACCUGCGCACUCACGUGCGUAUUCACACUGGAGACAGACCGUACGUUUGCCCGUUCGACGGCUGCAAUAAGAAAUUUGCUCAGUCCACCAACCUGAAAUCCCACAUUUUGACACACGCUAAAGCUAAGAACAACCAGUGACUGGACUAAACGCAGGAACAUUACAGGACCCUGGACUGCACCACCCGAUGCUUUAAAACACCCUUUGUGUGUUUGUCUGUUUGUAGAAGAUUCUUUUUCCUUUUCUGCGCGAGAGAGAGAGAGUAUCUACUGAUGUUUUAUUAAAGUAUGUGUUUGAAUGAUGAACUGAUGCCCAACUAGCCCUUACGACACUUCUUAUGGUACAGACUGGACGGUAUUGCAUUACUUCCAGAAAAUGUCUUAUUUUGAAGAUGUGCAUUUCUGGAUGUUCAUCCACGGACGAGACGUUUGUUCUUCGGAGCCCAAAGAGUCUUUAAUUAUUUUAUUAUUUUUGUUUUUCCAUCUGUGUAUCUGUUACGAGUCCACAAAAAAGAAUGAAUUGCUUUUUAGUUGUCUGCUAAGUGUGCAUAUUGUACACUUUUAGACAUUUCCUUUUGUCUUGAGAUGUUUUUCCCUGAGAUUUGAUAUAUGUGAAUGCUCUUCUUCAAGGAGAAGGAGACACUAUUAAACCUUUUUCCAGUUGUGAGAGGGAUCCUCCACAGGUAUCUCGUUUUGUAUAACUGUUCUGUACAAAUAUUUUGAGAUCAUGUAGAUAGAAAUGGUAGAUUUGUGUUUAACCUAUUAAACCAAUUUUAUCCAA